AUGUUAUCAUUUCUCAAACAAAUUCUUUUGCCGACAAUUAUCCCAUUAACAUACUGUAUGGUUCCAUGCAGUAAUGUUUUUAAUUAUAAAUCGCAGUUAAUUGCAAGCGAAACAAUUAAUACUGACUCACUUAGAGAUACUUGGUUGACCAGUUUAAAUCAGAACGCCGAUGUCCAUAACCACAAAAAUGACAAUAAUAGUAACAUAAGCGUCUCAAAUUUGAAAGAAUCUGCACUUUCUACUCUAUUUCAUCCGUCAUCAUCGGAUGAAAUACAACCCAAAUGCAGAGACAUAUAUGACGAUCGAUGGUUUGAGCCUUCGUGGCGCUUGCGCCAUUUAUUCAAUGGUAACAACUAUUCAGUGUGUGCAAUGCAUACUGUUGGCGAUGGGAACUGCUUAUACAAUGCCAUAUCACCUAUAAUCACUUGUAUAGAUAAUAGGCACAAAUUAAUUGUCCCUGCACCAACUUAUGAUGUCACUAAUAAAUUUAAACAAAUGAUAUCGAGAAUUAUACGUUCUCAAUGCAAGGAAUACACUCCAAAAUGUCUUAAAUACUUGGCUGCUAUUGAUUUCAUAGGUGUAAACUUUGAGGAUAGAGAGGAUCUGGCACAGUUUGACAAUGAGAAUUUUAUCGAAAAAUUGGAAUUAUAUAAACAAGCAUAUGUCGGGGCUGGAAAAGACCUUGUGGAUUUGGACCCUUUGAUUGCAAAAUUAAGAAAAAAUCCAAUGUGUAAAAAUGCUUAUAGAGAAUUAUUUGAUCAACUAACCCAGUUCAAAUCCCCUUUACACUGGGGAAACGAAGCAGAUAUAGCAUCAUUGGAGAAGAUUUUCAACAUCAAAUUCAUUAUAUGUCACGACAAUGGAACAAUAUUUUCAGUACCCACGUAUUUAUCAUGUCCACAAUUUGUUUCGUUCUUGCAUUAUAGCGAAGCUCAUUAUUCCACAGCUGCUCUAUUUGCCCACGUGGAUACCAAAAAUGAUAAGAAGCACGCGAAGAGAAUUUACUAUGAUAUGCAUAAUAUCCCUGAGUUCCUGAAAAGUUGUUUGAAUUAA